AUCCAAGUUUUUUACCGUAUAUGCUCUGAAGCCACCUACCUACACAUGUGGGUUUCUCUCCAAGAGAAAUCUGGUGUUUUUUUAUAAGCCAAGGCCACUUUGCAUCGCAAUCCAUCCAUCAGCGACCUCCCCAACCACCCGAAAGCAAACUUUUUCUGGAAAAUGAAAGCCCUGUGCAAUUCUCGAUCGAACCUGUAUCCAACCCAAUCCCAGGCACCUAGAAGCCGCCGGAUGCUCCCUCCUAACACCUCACUUCGAUUCCCCCUUGCACCCGCACCACGGACUUGUUCAAUUAAAGCUGUCCUUGAUUCGGCUGCCACCCACGACCUAUUCGACAUCCGGAACCCCGCGCUCUCCACAUCCUAUCGGAAUCCGUCCUUUUCUGCGCCCAAUCGAACUGUUUUGGAGGCCCAGACAAAGGUCUGCACUGGACCGUCUCAGACCAGGCCGCUUAAUGUGGAACAAGCUUUCAAGGUCCUCGACACCAUUUUAAAGUCAGUUAAGGGAGAGCUCAAAGAUGAGGAGGAAGUAUCCAAUUCGCAACUUGGUGCAUUUUUUGCUGCAAUGACAAUUCGGGCAAAUGCUUUUCCUGAGCCAACCCAAUGGAGUGAGGGUGAAAGGAGAGCAAUGAACUAUUACUGGCCACACCUAGUGCGAGUACUUCCACCAGAUGUAAUCUUUUUAGCUGAUCCUGAAGGGUCGCUUAUGGGAGUUUGUAGUUCCCUAGGGCCCAGUUUUGUUGGUAAUGGGACUUCUGAGAUGAGGCUUGUGGGCGCUCUCAGGGAAAUUUUGGCUGGGGGUCAUCUGGGGUAUGAGGAGGUUCAGGGUGUUCUGAGAGAUGUUCUUCCAUUAAAUUCUGAGAGAGGUUCAACUGUGAAUGAAUCACUGUUUUCAGCGUUUUUGAUAGGCCAACGGAUGAAUAGGGAAACGGAUCGUGAGCUAAAAGCAUACUGCCUUGCAUUUGAUGAUGAGCAUGGUCCUGUGCCAGUCACUGAUGUUAGAUCAUUGACCCAUUAUGGUGAACCCUAUGAUGGAAACACGCGCUUCUUCAGGAGCACGCUUUUUGUUGCUGCAGUUAGAUCUUGUUAUGGUGAAUCUUGCCUGCUUCAUGGUGUUGAUUGGAUGCCUCCCAAGGGAGGCAUAACAGAAGAGCAAAUGCUGAAGUUUAUGGGUGCCAAUACACACUUAACUCCCUUGCAAGCAAAAUUUCUUCUUGAGGAUGAAGAUGCUGGUUUUGCGUAUGUAAGUCAACGAGAAGCUCAACCAUCAUUAUAUUCAUUAAUUCAGUUGAGAGAACAUAUAAAGAAACGCCCACCGCUGGCAACAACAGAAAAAGUUCAGCAAUUUGUACGGGCCAAGGGUAGGGAAGCUAUUGUUGCUGGAUUUUACCAUGAAGGCUAUGAAGAAUCGCUGUUGAUGCUGAUGAGAAGAAGGGGUGUUCACUCAGGCUUGGUUGUCAAGGGUGAGGAGGGUGCUCUUUCAAUGACUACAAGAUGGAAGUCGCCAAAUGCAUCCAAGGGGCUUCCUGUUAAUUACUGUUCAGGUUUCCGCUCGCUGGAUAUGUCUCCUGUUCAAGCAGUGGAUGGAGUCUCACGCGAGACCUUCAAUAUGGUUGUUGAUGCAAAGGAGUAUGGGUUUGAACCAUCUGACACUCCAAGAACUGACAGAUCCGUGUCUCGAAACAUAGAAAUAGGGUUGGCGGCUCUGCGAGGUGAGAAAGGUCCAGCAUAUGAUCGAAUCGUGUUGAAUGCUGGAGUGGUAGAUCAUUUACUGGGGUGUGAUGGUGCAGAAGAUGUAGCAUCAGCUCUGGAUAGAGCUAGAGAGGCCAUUGACAGCGGCAGGGCUCUCAAGAGGCUUUUAGGUUACAUAAACAAGUCCAAUAUGUACAAGUAAUGAUCCGAUGUGAUUUGAUCUGAUUCAUUCGAAACAAAAAGGUUUUGUACCACACUUGUGAUAGUAGUUACACACUGACGAACGGAAAAGGCUAAAAAGGCAGUUGUAGAAUAUGAACAAAACAAGCACAUUACAUCCAACUUGUCUGGUAAUUUGACUUGC